UUUAUUAUUGUAUACUGUCUUCUUCUACUCGCGAUUCAUUUUUUCGUGCACUUAACAUCUAAAGUUCAAACCGUAAACAUAUCUUAUUUUCUUUAGUGAGUUUUCAGUUCCUCAACAAUUUAUUUGUCAAAUAAAGAACUUAACUAAAUAAUCAAGUAAAUUAAGAUUCCAAACGAUUUUUUUUUUUAUCAUGGAUCAUUGGCCAAAAGAUGUUGGAAUACGCGCUAUUCAUUUCGUCAUACCGUCGUUGUAUGUCGAUCAAACUGAUUUGGAACAAUACGACCAAGUGUCAGAAGGAAAAUAUACCGUUGGUCUGGGCCAAAAGCAAAUGGGGUUCUGCACAGACCUCGAAGACGUGAACUCGCUGUGCCUGACAGCAGUCAGUCAGCUUGUCGAGAACAACGGCAUUAAUUAUGCGGAUAUAGGUCGCCUAGAGGUGGGCACCGAGACCAUAAUCGAUAAGUCGAAAAGUGUGAAAACAGUUUUGAUGAAGCUAUUCGAGCCCAGUGGUAAUUUCCACGUCGAGGGUAUCGAUACGACAAACGCCUGUUACGGUGGUACGGCGGCCCUAUUCAAUGCUCUGUCGUGGAUGGAGUCGAGCUCGUGGGACGGUAGGCUGGCCGUGGUAGUCGCGGCCGACAUCGCGAUUUACGCCAAGGGUAACGCGCGUCCGACGGGAGGUGCCGGCGCCGUUGCAAUGCUGAUCGGCCCGAACGCCUCAUUGGUGAUCGAGAGAGGCCUGAGAGGCACGUACAUGAAUCACGCGUACGAUUUCUUCAAGCCCGAUCUGACAUCCGAGUACCCGGUGGUGGACGGUAAACUGUCCAUCGAGUGUUACCUGAACGCCCUGGACCAGUGCUACAAGUCCUAUCUAAGCAAAUGCGGAGACGGUACCAACGUCAAUCUGAAUGGGUUCGAUUCCUUCGUGUUCCACACACCGUACUGUAAACUGGUACAGAAGUCCCUGGCUCGGUUGUACCUGAACGAUUUCGUGAAUAGUGGCGCCAAGGACGAGGACUACCCGGGGCUAGACCGAUACAAGGACGUGCACCUACCGUCCACAUUUUUCGAUCGGGAUAUCGAAAAGACGUUCAUGGAGCGCAGCAAGACCGUUUACGAGGACAAGACCAAACCAUCGCUGUUGUUGGCGUCGCGCGUUGGUAACAUGUACACGGCAUCCGUGUACAGCGGAUUGGUCUCAUACCUGGUGUCGUUGCCGCCUGAACACCUGCCCGGCAAGAAAAUCGGCGUGUUCUCUUACGGGUCUGGUUUGGCUUCGUCUAUGUACUCGAUCAGGGUCGUCGACAACAAUUUGUCGAGUCUGAUCGGUAACCUGAAGAAGGGCAUCGACCGUCUGGAGGAGCGGAUACGCCUUACGCCCGAACAAUUUACGGAAGUGUUGGAAGUCCGGCAGAAGUCUUUGCACCGAGCGCCGUAUGUGCCAGUCAGCGACAAGGACCAACUGUUCCCAGGCACGUGGUACUUGUCCAGAAUAGACGAAAUGCACCGACGGUAUUACGAAAGAAAAGAAUAGGGCCUCGUAAAACAUCUUUAUAAUAGAAUACGUAUUUAUAUAACCCCAGUGGAAAAGUAUUAUUUAUCGAUGGCCGAUAAAUAUGUAAAUCGCGUUAUUCCCUGUACAUCAAGCAAAUAAUAAUUAGUGUUGGUUCUUUUUAAAAUGCAUUGUUAAUUUUAAGCAAAAAUCUUUGUACUUGUUUAGUUAUAGUAUUGGUUUAUACAUUUUUUUUAUAUACAUAAUAUGCAUGUAUAUACCUAUUAUAUAUAGAGUUAUGUAUUUAUUUUUCAUUAACAUGGUAUUUUCCAUUAAUAUUAUCAUACUCUUGGUGUGUGGGUUUUAUUGACAAUAAUUAUAAUAUUAAGUCGUUAAUGAAGUGGUGCUGAUGAUUGUUAAUUUUUUUUUAAACUACAGACAUGACAAAUUUAAUUUUUUUUUUUUUAAUAUUGUAAUUUUUAAAUCAUGCCUUAUUUAAUAGAUUAUCCACUUCAGGUUUUAAAAAUCAAAUGCAUUUAUACAUUUUCUUCAAAAUUUUAAAUAAAUAUAUUUUAGUGGGUAUUUUGAUUUUAAAAUUGUAUUAAUCACGGUUUUUCUUGCCUUUAUAAUUCCGUAAAAAAAUUAAUAAACAUGAUUUUUAAAUGAACCGGUUUAGUUAUGAAAAUAUAUACCUAUUACCUAUAUUUCAAUUAAGUGUAUACCAUGGGUACCUAACAAUAAAUUAUAGUACAGUGUGUUCAAAUAAUAGGUAAAACUUGACUAAAAAGAUUUCGUUGAAUAAAUAAAAUUAAAAACUUUGAGUUACAUCGUAUUAAUAUAUAUUAUGAUUUAUUGCAUAUUAUGCAAUAAUAUGUAUAAUAUGUAAUUAAUUGAGAAAUAUAAUUUUUUUUCGAUGUUUAAUAGAUGUAAAACUAUAAAUAAUGGGACAACUACUAAAUCUGUAAAUACUUAUACUUAUUGGCCAUAAAUCAUAAGUAAGUAGAUUUACAACUAUAAUUUUAAAUUGCCAAACAAAUAUUAAACUUUUUUUUGAUUAAAAACAUCGUGGAGGACAUUGCUGGUUUUAAUAUUUUAUUACAUCAGCGUUAUAUUAUUGUUUUUUUUUUUUUGGAAACACUAGAAACAAAAAAGUAUUUCAUGAUCAGUGGCGAAUUCAAGGGGAGAGUUAUAUUUGUAAGGCAUAAUAUAAAAUCCUAAAUAUCGUGUUUAUAAAAUUAUAUAAUACUUAUGAUUUAUAAUAAUAUGAAUAAUGUCGGAAUGUCCACUCCAAAACAAUUUUAGAUCCACCACUAGCCAUUAUGUUUUGUGCCAUAAUAUAAUAUUGAACUAUACAUUGAUUUGUGUAUUAAUAGUACUUUAAAAUAAAACACAUUUUUUUCAA